AUGGCGUUGGGAACGACAUUGCUUUCUUUGCAACAUCACACCCUGCAAUAUCCUUUGCAAUCUCUUGCAGCAUUCACAGCCUUUAUUACGAUUGGAUAUGUGAUCAUCAAUGAAUUCAUCCGGGCAUCAGCUCGUGUCCCUGGAAUCAAAGGACCUCGUGGUCUGCCGCUCAUCGGCAACCUGGCACAGAUCCGUGUCAAUGCUGCAGAGCAAUACCGCCAAUGGGCAAAGACUUAUGGUCCAGUCUAUCAAAUUCAACUGGGUAACAUCCCGGUCUUGGUCGUGAAUUCAGCGGCCUCAGCGAAGGUCCUCUUCGGACAGAAUUCUCAGGCAUUGAGUUCGAGGCCAGAAUUCUAUACGUUUCACAAAAUCCUGUCAAAUACGGCCGGCACAACCAUAGGCACAUCGCCAUAUAGUGAGUCUCUGAAGAGACGAAGGAAAGGUGCCGCGUCAGCCUUGAACAGACCCUCAAUCCAGACGUACGUGCCGCAUCUAGAUCUCGAGACAAAGGACUUCAUCUCCGAGCUGGUCAAAUACGGGGAAGCUGGGAAAAAACCAGUGAAUCCGAUGCCGAUGAUCCAACGUCUGAGUUUGAGCUUGGCCUUGACAUUAAACUGGGGCAUUCGCAUGCCAUCUCAGGAGGAAGAGCUCUUUGCGGAGAUCACCCAUGUUGAGGAAGAGAUCAGCAAGUUCAGGAGUACGACGGGCAACCUGCAGGACUAUAUUCCUCUGCUGCGCCUCAAUCCCUUUAACAUGGAAUCGAGAAAGGCAAGAGAAAUGAGGGAUCGCCGCGAUAAAUACCUCAAUGCUCUCAAUCAUGAUCUUGAUGAAAGGAUGGCAAAAGGCAUCCACAGACCUUGCAUCCAAGCCAAUGUCAUCCUGGAUAAAGAGGCCAAGUUGAACAAGGAGGAACUUACGUCAAUCAGCUUGACCAUGCUUUCUGGAGGCCUCGAUACUAUCACGACCCUGGUGGCCUGGAGCGUUGCCCUGCUUGCUCAGCGACCCGACAUUCAGGACAAAGCCGCCGAGGCGAUCAAGGAAUACUAUGAUGAAAAACAGCCACUCUGCGACGCUGAAGAUGAUCAGCAGUGCGCGUAUAUUGUAGCACUCGUUCGAGAGUUCCUGAGAUAUUAUACCGUUCUUCGUCUUGCAUUGCCUCGUACCUCGAUCAAGGACAUCACGUACGAAGGAGUAGUGAUCCCAAAGGGAACCGUCUUUUUCCUGAACGCGUGGGCAUGUAACAUGGAUCCUGAGGUCUGGGAUGAUCCCGAAACGUUCAGACCGGAGAGAUGGCUCGAGAAGCCCGAUGCGCCGUUGUUCACUUAUGGAAUUGGGUACCGCAUGUGUGCGGGCUCCCUGCUCGCGAAUAGAGAGCUAUAUCUGGUUUUUCUUCGGAUGCUUAACAGCUUCAGAAUUGAGAAAUAUGACGAGGUUGACUGUCACCCUGUGACUGGAAAUUCUGAUCCCACCAGUCUCGUUUCCAUUCCCAAACAAUACCGCGUGAGGUUUAUUCCCAAGAACGAGUCCAUUCUACGAGAGGCCCUUGCCAAUCACCGUGUCAAGGAGUAA